AUGGUGCUGCGGAUCCCCGUCAUCUCGACGAUCGAGGGCCUGGGCGCCGCCGUGCGCCAGCGUCUCGCGGCGUCCUCUGCCGCUGCGCAGCAAGUGGAGAUCGUGGACGUGCCCGCCCCGGCGCAGGCCUCGUGGCCGCUCGACGCAGCGCAACGCCGCGCGCUGGAAGACGCCGAGUUCGUGCUGGCCGACGCGAAUUUGGGCGCCCAGUUGCUACUGGCAAAAGACCCAUUUCCGCCGAAAGAGACCCUUUUGACGCGGGUGAAAUGGGUCCAAUCCACCUACGCCGGCGUGGAGCCCUUUUUCAAGCAGUUAGCACUCUCUAACCAGGCAACUCCCCCCACCUUCACCUUAACCCGCGCGGGCGGAAUUAUGCCCAAUGCCAUGGCCCAGUACGUCUUCGGCUGGAUCAUCGCGCUUGAGCGCAAAUUUCUGCAAGUGCAGGAUUACCAGAAACAGCAUAAUUAUGCUCGAGCCGAACUCGCGUACCGCUCCUUCCGGCCGCUGACCGUGGGCAUCCUCGGCCUGGGGGAGAUCGGCCAGGGCAUCGGCCGCUUGAUGAAGACGGCGGGCUUCCAGGUCGUAGGCUUCAAGCGCCGCACCAGUGCAGAAGAUGGCUACAAAUUGCAAGACUGCGCCGAUCGCGUGUCCUCCGACCUGGACGAGGUUUUGGGCGCGGCCGACUUCGUGGUGAAUAUUCUGCCCAGCACUUCGGCUACCCGUGGACUGCUCACGCUGGAGAAGUUGCAGGUGUGCAGACCCAAGCAGCCGGUGUUCAUCAACGUCGGACGGGGAGACGUCAUCAAGGAGUCGGAGCUGGCCCAGGCCCUGGACGACGGAGUCUUCUCCAAGGCGGUGCUGGACGUGUUUGAGACGGAGCCGCUGCCCAAGGAGAGCCCGCUGUGGACUCACCCGAACGUGCUGCUCACCCCGCACGUGUCGGCGUUGAGUCUGCCGGAAGAGGUGGCUGACGUGUUCGUCAAGAACUUGGAGCUGCGACUGAAGGACCAGCCGAUGUUGUACCCGGUCGACUGGGCCAACGGCUAUUAGGCUGGUGGGGGGAGCGAGAGUGACGGGAGUCCACACCUUUGGUACCAACGCCGCAAAAAGCACUCAGCUUCGUGAAAGCCGCAUCGGUGGGUCAUUUGCAAAAAAAUAAUCUCCAUCGUCGUCUACAAGCGGGUAAGUGAGCUUAAAAGAGGUUGUUGUGAAGUUCUUACAACUUCUGCUGGACUGAGUCCCCC